GGAAGUAGGUACGUGGCCGCUUCAGCUGACAGUCUACAUGAUGGCGACAGAGGUUCAGAGCGGCGACCUCGACAGUGCUACUUCUAGCCGGCUCGAAGUUUCUAUCGACGGGCUCACCCUAAGUCCCGACCCGGAGGGCGAGCAAGCCCCAGUGGAAGAGCCGGAGCCCAACCCCGAGGAACCAAGCACCGAUACACCGGGCGCCGCUGAAGGCGAAGAUGGAGAGUCUGCCAAAUCUACGAUAGAGAGCAAAUGGGGCUUUUCGUUGCAAGAGCUGUACGGAAUGGGCCUUAAAUUCUUCAAAGAGAAAGAUGGCAAGGCUUUCCACCCCACCUAUGAGGAGAAGCUUCGAUUGGUAGCUCUGCAUAAACAGGUGUUACUGGGCCCUUACAAUCCAGAUGCUUCACCAGAGGUUGGCUUCUUUGAUGUGCUGGGCAAUGACCGCAGAAAAGAGUGGGCCUCCCUGGGCAACAUGGAGAAGGAGGAGGCCAUGGUGGAGUUUGUCAAGCUGUUGAACAAGUGCUGUAACCUCUUUGCUCCCUAUGUCACCUCACACAAGAUUGAAAGAGAAGAACAGGAGAGGAAAAGGAGAGAAGAAGAAGAGCGACUGCGGCUGGAGGAGGAGGAGAGGGAGCGACAAAGGCAGGAGGAGGAAAGACGGAGGCUGGAGGAGGAGGAGAGGCUGAGAAGGGAGGAGGAGGAGAGGAGACAGGCAGAGGAAGAAAGGCUACGGGUUGAGCAGCAGAAACAGCAGAUCAUGGCAGCGUUGAAUGCACAGACAGCAGUGCAGUUCCAGCAGUAUGCUGCUCAGCAGUACCCAAACAGCCCAGAGCAACAGCUGGGUCUCAUCCGACAGCUCCAGGAGCAGCACUACCAGCAGUACAUGCAGCAGCUCUACCAAGUCCAGCUGGCCCAACAACAGGCGGCCUUACAGAAGCAGCAGCAGGCUGAUUCCAUGGUGCAGGGCACUGUAGACUCAAACAGUUUUGUCAGUGUUGAACCCAUUGCCGCCUCAGCCACAGGGCCGUUGAGUGCAGCUUCACCACCCACAGGAGAAGAACUUCCCACAGUCAAUGGAGGCCAGUCAGACUCCUACUCAGAGAGCAUGGACCGUGAGCCUGAGCCUGAGCCGGCAGAGGAGGUCUCAGAAAACGGGCCUUUAUUAGCAGACUCCCCACCAGUCAUAGCCGCUCCCUCCAUGUGGACACGGCCACAGAUUAAGGACUUUAAGGAGAAAAUCCGUCAGGAUGCAGACAGUGUGAUCACAGUGGGACGUGGCGAGGUGGUUACAGUCCGUGUGCCCACCCAUGAGGAAGGAUCUUACCUUUUCUGGGAGUUUGCCACAGACUAUUAUGACAUCGGCUUCGGAGUCUUCUUUGAGUGGACAGAUGCUGCUUCUGCUUCAGUCAGUGUGCAUGUGUCGGAGUCCAGCGACGACGACGAGGAUGAUGAAGGUGAUCCUCCCAACGAGGAGGAGAAGGCAAAGAAGGAGGCAGGUAAGCCCCAGGUGGAUGAGAUUGUGCCGGUGUACCGGCGGGACUGUCACGAGGAGGUGUACGCCGGCAGCCAUCAGUACCCUGGCCGUGGAGUCUACCUGCUCAAGUUUGACAACUCCUAUUCACUUUGGCGCUCCAAGAGUGUCUACUACAGAGUCUACUACACCAGAUAAGCCUGAAUACAGACACAGGGGGAGCCAAGGAGCGUGCGUGUUCAUAUAUAUAUGUAUGUGUGAGUGUAGGUGAUUUGUUUGAUGGCAGCCUGUGUGUAUGUGUGUGCCUGCGUGAAUGAGGGGGAGUGAUACCAGAUGUAUUCUGGACAAAACCACCAGAGGGUGACAAAGAGACACAUUUGGAGCCUAAGUCUGGAGAUUGGACUAAAAUGUGUGUUCUAUGUGUGUAUGCGCAUUUCAACAUACACCCAUGCUAGAGCCUGUCAUCAAGCUUUUGGAAGAGGAGUGUGUAUUCUGUUGUGUAUUCACCGCCUGUCCUUGCUGCGCUCACAUAGACCAAGCUGUAGGACUUUUUGCUCUCAUAAUGUAUUUUUACCUCUCUUCACCCUGGGCUCCUCUGUUGUCACUGCUCCAGCCCGAUCACUGUCCAACGUGGCCUUGUGGCUGCUUCUGCCCUGAGGGAUGCUUUCAUAACCGUGAGAGGAAACCUGGCGAUGAGUCCAGCACUGUGUGAGCUGACGUUUCCUGUUUGGUGGCUCUUUGUACCACAUAGAACACAAUGUUGAAAAUCAAAUUAUACUGCAAAUGUUCUUUAUAACACAAUGCCUCUGUUCCAUAGAGAUCAUCUUGUCUUGGCCAAGUCUCACAAACACAUUUUAAACAUCAUCUGAAACAAACAUAGUCAUCUUUUUGUUGUUAACACAGUUGUCUGUUAUUUCCUCCAAAGUCACCAUGCAUAGAUAGAGCUAAGAGUGUGCUUAGUGAAGUUUUUAUGGCUUAUUCCUACACAUCAACGCUUUACACAUUUUUCUUUAUACAGUCUGAUUACCACAGUGCACUGGUGCAGUCUUUUUUUGUUGUUGCAAAAUUCAUGAAGGACAUGGUUUAGGAUGAACCCCAAAUGAAGACAUAAGUAUAUAAACAAAAUGGAAAAGUUAGAAAAUAAGAACAACAAAUAAUUCCUUGUUUUCCUGUUCUACUACAGAUAUCCUUUGUACCUUUUGAUGCUCUUUUCAGGGCGCAGUUGCCUCAAUAUAUCUGUACAACACUCUCCGUGUUCUUUAAUUUAUUCCAUAUGAUGAAUACUGGUACAUAACAUUUUAUAGCUACUUACCUUGCCCUUCAACUCCAAUGAUUUAAUAAGCAGAAGCCAGUAUUGAGACAGAUGUAUGUCAAUAUUACCUUGGAGUUUUUUUUGUAGUUAUUGUUCUGUGUUUAGACACCUAACAAUAAUACAGAUUUCAUGUUUUAAGGUCAUAAGAUAUUGUUACACCUCUGCAGCUCCCAUGCGUCAAAACAUUUACACAAAAUACACUGUUGAUGCUGUUGAGUCAUUUUCUUUCUGUAAUGAAUGAACUCAUUGUCAUCUCAUUUAUCAUAAAUAAACCGAGAUGAUAUAGACAUGUUUUUGUGACGUGGUUGCUUACUGACAUCUAAGUGUGUUUAACUUUUAAUUUGUUGCCAUGACUCAGAUCUGUUGUUGUUCAGUUUCACAUGCUUUGUGUACAAAACACCCAGGUGCAUUAUGAGCAUUGUGUUCAGUAGGCGUCAGACAUUUGGUUUCACUUAAUCACUCAUUGGGUUGUAUUUGUACAUUUUUCAUGUGUGUAUGCAAGCAAACUUGUAAGUCACCGAGGUGGAAUAACCUGCAAGAUGAGUAAUCUAUUAAUGACCUUGUUAAGUGUUAAUUCAUCAUAUUAUUUAAUUACAGGCCACUCCUGCUUUCUUUCCAUUCUCUUCUACAAAAUGUCACUACCGAUGGCUGAACUAAGCCAUAAUGAUUCAACAAGUAACCAUUUGUUUGGAUGUUUAUUUUAUCUUAUUGCUCAUCAGAUGGUUUGAGCAGACAUGUUCAAGCCUUGUAUGUAAAUAAUUCUAUAAAUGAGUUUAUGUAUGGGUUUUCAAAUGUGGAAGAAGGCUAUGGAUUUUGAGAAUAAAUGCACUGUACAAUAUGGUGAAUGAGAUUUAUGUAUACAUUUUACCCCAAAUAAAAGUCCAGAACUUGUGGGAGGUAUGAAACUGUCAACUAUUGACAAGACAGAGAAAGUUCAUCUUUUUGUAUUGUUUUGACCUGUUUGGAUCUCUUAUGAGUUGCAAGAUUCCUUUUUGGGCAUAUAUUUAAUCUUGAUUAAACUUAUGUUCAUCUCUACAA